AUGCCGUUUGUGGGUGUGGGGAUUGCUUUUCACGACCAAGUUAGCCGUACUGAACAGGUUAUUGGGUACCGCGUGCGCUCUCUUGAAGAACUGGAUAAACGGACUUUGCAGUUGCAAAAUAAGAAGUUGUGCGAGUCCCUCACCGAGAAGCGGUCCGCGAUUAGCGAUUUACGCCAGAGAAUUGAACAACUGGAAAACAGGCAGGCCAAGGAUGAUGCCCUCCUGUGCGUAGUCAACCGGUACUGGAAUCAGCUCGACGAAGACUGCGUCCUCUUGUUACAGCGUUGCGACAUCGAUGUUGAGGAAAAUGUUUCAACGUCUGCUGAAUCCUUCUUAAAACAACUGGCCUCUUGGGAUAAGGAGGAAGUACCGAAAAAGCUGCAGGAACGAGUGCACUUCUCAAAGCGUAUUAUCGCCCGACUCCUAACCUGCUAUGAGAGACUUGUAGCACAACAAAAUCGUCUUAGAACUCUUUUGGCUGAUCAACUUCAAUCCGAAAAGCCUGGAAGUGCCGCGGUUACUAUCUCCUCCAGUGACCAUGAUCCCAGUGAGGAGCCUGAAACCUCUGAAGGCAGAUCUAAUGUAACUGGCGCCAGCACCAGUAAUGGUGAUGCUGAUAACGUUGGCGUUGAAGGAACUGAUGUCAGAGAGGCAGGGGAUCCGAAGGUUUCUACUGCAGCCUCGGCCAAUGAUAAGGUCUUCAAUGCCACCGUCGCAGCCCUGAAAGAGGAGGUUUCUACCCUCACUGCCGAGAACGAACGCCUCCAGGGCUUAUACUCCAGUAUGCAUGCAAAGCAUCGACAGAAUAGUCUUCUGGUUCGCGAGCUCCAGGAUUUAUGCCAAACACGGUCGGAUGCGGCCGAUGAAUGGCGGGCUAAGUAUGAGGAUGUGGACUACAAACUCACUCAGUCAACUAGUCAACUUGCAAGACUGGAUCAUCGACUAUAUGAGGCUCAACAGGUGAAGAAGUUACUGGAAGAGGAACUUGCAUCUCUGAAGGAUACAGGUUCACCAGAUAAUGAGGACAGCCUGUCUCUACUGACUGCUGGCGGUGGUGUUGGCAGUUCUGCGGGUGCUGUCGCCAAGAGCAAGUACAACGACAUCCUCUGUGAACUGGAAGAACAGCGCGAACUGGCCACUAAUCGACUCACCGAACUCGAGCGUCUGCAGCGCCAGCACGAAGAGAAGGUGGCUGAGUGUGCCAGACUCAGCAUGCAGCUGUCCGACCCUUCUGAGUCGCUCAUACACGAAUCACCGUCCUACAGGUCACUCAAAGUUCAAUUCAACAUUCUCUUUAACGAGGUAAAAAUGCUGCGCACACAAUUGGAAGAGUCGCGCAACAUGGCACAGACCAUUCGACAUUCUCAUCUGAAGCAAAUAGAAGAAAUGGAGACUAACGAAACUGCUAUUCUCAACCAAAUGAGAUCAGAGAUGUUGGCCCAGGAGGAGAUGUACUCUCAGCUGCGUCGCGAGUUUGAGACGAUCGAGGCAGACUUCAAGCAGACGGUUGCGCACAAUGAACAGGCUGGCCCGAUUCACAGCGAAAUGCGUAGCCUCAUUUCAACCCUACAGUUGCAGAACAAACAGCUGAAGGCGGAGAUUGUGCGCUACCGCAGAAAGUGCAAGGAGUCCACACAGGACUGCGAAAUAGUCUCAAACGAACUUCGAUCCACUGAGGAGGAACUGGCUCGCGUUCGUUCUUCCCUCUCCGAGGCAACUGCGGCUGUCAUUCAUCUGACUGACAAGCUGGCUUCUGUCACAGCGCUAAACACGGCGGCAAAGUCACAAGCAAACAACACGCCUCAGCAGCAGUCCACCGGCUCCAGUACCAGUCCCCCCUCCACCACCGCCUCAGCC